AAAAAAAGAAAAGAAAACAGUGAUGAAUCACUAGCACAAAUUAGGGAAACCUGUCUCCAAAUUCAUCACCUACUACCGUCAAUCACAAGCACAAGUUACCGUAAUCUGUCUCCAAAUUCAUCGCCUACCAUCGUCACAUCUACAGGGAGAGAGAGAAUAGAAAGAAAUGCAGGGCACAGCUACAGGUGUAACGACAGUAAUGAUUGCGGUGCAGUUCUUGCAUGUGGGUUUGAACACUUUGAUAAAAGCAUCCAUAUCUAAAGGAAUGAGCAAUUUUGUUUUUGUUGCCUACUCAAACCUCCUCGCAUUCUGUUUCCUGUUACCAUCCACCAUAAUCUAUCACAGAAGCAGAGCUCUUCCAACAAUCAAUACAUGGAUUAUCUUCAGAAUUUUUGUUCUUAGCUUGCUUAGCUGUUCCAUACAGACGUUUAUGUAUACUGGAAUUCGGUAUAGCUCUCCCACUCUGGCCUCAGCCAUGGAGGAUCUCACUCCAGCUUAUACUUUCAUAAUUGCCAUCAUUUUCAGGAUGGAAAAGCUGGAUCUAAAACUACGAAGUUGCCAGGCAAAAUCCAUUGGCACUGUGGUCUCCAUUGCAGGAGCACUAACAGUGACUUUAUACAAGGGCUUGCCUAUGACUAAUGGUGUGCUUCCAAACAAUGUGCUUGGUGGGACUUUCCUCUCCUCACAGCAAUCAGAAUGGCUACUCGGAGGUUUUCUCCUUGCAGCUGCUAGUUUUUGUAUUUCGACUUUGCUUGUCAUGCAGGCAAGUGAAUCUUACUCAAACAUAUCUCAAGAAUGCGCAUGCACUUUGUCCUCACAUCUUGUAACUAAAAUCACAGUGUUCUUAUACAUUAUGCAGACUUGGACUAUCAAAGACUAUCCUGCGGAGCUAAUGCUAACAACCAUUUGUUGCAGUUUCGUUGUUAUCCUAUCUUUCAUGGUAGCUUUCAUUGCAGAGGGAAAUCCAAAGGCUUGGAUACUUAAACCUGAUAUGGAGUUGAUAUCUAUAUUCUAUUCAGCAAUUUUUGUGAUAUCUAUGCGAAGUGUGGUGCAUACAUGGGCAUGUCGCAAGAAGGGGCCUUUAUAUGUUGCUAUGUUCAAUCCUUUAGGAAUUGUCAUUGCACUCGCCAUGGGGGUUAUAUUUCUGGGUGAUGCUCUAUAUCUUGGAAGCAUGAUAGGAGCUGCUAUAAUAGCUAUUGGGUUUUAUGCUGUGAUAUGGGGCCAGGCCCAAGAUGAAAAGAUGGUUAAUGAAGAAUAUGGACAAUGUAGCAUUAUCUCAUCGUCUUCGUCUGCAGAGCCACUGUUAAUGAACAAAAAGCAAGGACACGAUUGAUUUUUGGAUGAUAGCAUAUAAAUUUUAAUGGAAAUUUGGACUUACAUGGAGAUAGUUCUAGACUAGACAGCCACGUGCAUUCCUAUCUUUACUUAAACGUUGUCCUUGUAUUACAGAACAAACUUGACUCGGCCACUCACACAACUAGCAUCAGUAGCAAGGAGCAACUCAUUAGUCAUUACCAAUGUCACCGUCAAAUGUCGUCAGCCCCUUGCUUUCAGCCACAACUUUACGAAGAAAAUAUCUUGCGGGAAUGGUUUAUCUCGUAUAAAAUUUGUAUAGUGGAAAAUCAUAUACAAUUUUAUAUUUAUGUCUUUUUUCACAGAUAUAA